GUUAAUUACUUCUCUUGAGCCGUGUUGGCAAAAGAAAUGUUGUUGGCUCAAGACAAUUCAUUAAUUUGUUAUUACAUUGUCAGUUUAUAUAAUGGAAUGUAUAAUUCAUGUUCUCCGCCUCUCCAUCUUUUAGUGAUACUUCUUAUUAUUAUAUGUUCAGAUAUUCGGUGAAGAAUGUUCUUCUCAUUGGGCUUUGGUAUGGUGUGAAGAAACCCAAAAUCAAUUCCUUUUUGGAAGCAUUUCUUUGCGAAAUUGAAAUGCUGGAGACUGAAGGUCUUCUUGUAUGCAACAAAUGGGAAGAUGAAUUCAUAACUUUCAAAGUGCAUCUGCACUGCUGCAUAUGUGACCUGCCAGGAAAAGCCCUUGUCUUCCUACACAAGCUUUAUAAUGGAUUGUUUGGUUGUAUGGUCUGUUUUCACCCUGGAGUCAGACUAGACAUUGCUGGAAAUGUCAGAGUAUAUCCCUAUGCAGGUGACAAAUAUCAUUAUUAUUAUAUGAAAUGGAAUUACAUUCUCUCUUUCAUUGUGUUUGCAAGUCAGUACAGGAUUUUAAGAGUGCACUAUAACAUUCUAAUUGAUUGUGAACAUGUGAAAUUCACAUAUAUGAACUGUGAAUUAUGGUGUGAAGUGGUAGUGAAACUAAAGCCUGAAAAAACAUCAGGGUUGUACUGGAGCACUUACCUCUGUGAUACUGGUGCAGUGCUCUCCUAG